AUGAGCGAAGCGGACGCUGCGACGAGUGCGAUGGAUUCGGCUGCUGAGGCGGCUGAGCAGGUAUGGAAACAUCCAGUGUACGGUGCGACGGACAAGUACACACCUGGAAUCGCACCGAUCAAGGCGGAAUACAUCUUGCCGAAACCAGCUUCGGGCAGCGUUGCAGUCGUGGAGGUGAACGAUGAUGCGUCGGAGCGUCUGACGAAGCGUGCUCUCGCGACAACUGGUGACUCGGCAUCUGUAACGACCAACACCAGCGACGAAGCUCCAAAGAAGCUCAAAGGCGCCGCACGCAAACGUGCACGCCGAGAAGAAGCCGCUGCGCUCGCUGCCGCACACCGGGCCGAGAAGAAGUGCAAGGCUGGCCAACAGACCCAACACGCUAAAAAGGGCGGCCAGAACAAGGCGAGACAGUUCAGCUCGUUGAAGGAUGCACACGGUCACUGCCAUGGCUUCCUAUCGCGUGGUGUCCAAGGGUGCAAGUUCGCACAGUGCGCUCAAGCGUGUAGGUUCAGCCACGAUUUGGUGAGCUACUUGGAGAAAAAGGAGAGGGAUCUGUUCCUACCUGCGGUGCCACAUAAGCAGUUGGACGCCAUGUCACACACGCAAAAGAUGCAGUGGUUGCAAGACAGCUAUUCGUUGACACUGCUCCCUGCGUCGAACACGAGUACGACAGCUAGUGCAUCGACGCAACAGCUCGAAGCACAGCAACAGGCACAAGGAGAGAUGACAACUUUCGUCCGAGCAAGCUCGUCGGCUGCCGUACCGCCUCGUUCGGAUUUGCCCGCGUCCUCCGAUCCCGCGCAUGCCAGCCUGGACUGGUCCACCACGUGCCCCAUCUUUGCCGUCAAGGGCUUCUGCACCAUGGGCUGGAAGUGUCGUUUCCUGGGCUCGCACGUCCGACUCGUCGGCGCCUCGUCGCUUGGCGAUCCGCUGAAUCCGACCGGCUUCGCGUCCUCCGGACUGGAACUCGUUCGAGACCAAGCCAGGAUGGACGAAUGGCGUGCCAGGACGCGCGCAUUCGAGCUGUCGCACGCCAAGCAAUCAGCCAGCGAUGCGGAUCAGGACGAGUUGAACUUUGGCACGAGUGACGGCAUGAAGGCAAUGCGCAAACGAAACUUCCCGUUGCCCAAGACCAAGGCGGUGCUCAAGUUUUUGGAGACCGAAACCAAGCAGUUGGCCGACGUGGAUCCGCAUGGUUCGAUUGCUGGCAAAGGACCGAUUCCGACGAGUGUCGUGGAGGAGGCGGUUGCGGUUUCAGCCGGGGCGAACGGGUGCAAUGGUCACAGUACCGCACCUGCUUCAGCAGCAGCAGCGGAGGCGGAGGCGGAAGACGACUUGGAAGAGCUGGAAAACGCAAUGCGCAACCGAGGUUUGCAUGCAAGAGUAGCGCAAGCAGCAACCACAAACGGCUCGAUCGACCUCGCGCGUAUUCGGCCCAGCGAGAAACGCCGGCUCAACUGGCGCGGCGAACUGUACCUUGCUCCACUCACCACGACGGGCAAUCUGCCGUUCCGCCGGAUCUGCACCGGCUAUGGUUCAGACAUCCACUGCGGCGAGAUGGGUCUAGCCGAGUCGUUUCUGCAUGGCAAUGCAGCCGAAUGGUCUCUGGUGCGACGUCACGAGUCCGAGCGCAUCUUUGGCACGCAAUUGUGCGGUGGCAAGCCAGACCUGCUCGUGCCGGUUGCCGAAGCGCUCAAGGCCGAAGUUGGCGACGGCUUGGACUUUGUCGAUAUCAAUUGUGGCUGUCCGAUCGACCUGGUGUUCAACAAGGGUGCCGGAUCGGCUCUGCUCGAUCACCCCACGAAGCUCAGCAAGAUUGUUCGCGGCAUGAACGCGGUUCUGGGCGAUACGCCUCUGACGAUCAAGCUGCGCACGGGAACGGGAGCCAAGCAGACGACGCACAAGAUCUUUGCCAAAGCGCAAACCGAAUGGCGAGUUGCCGCCGCCACGCUGCAUGGUCGAUCGCGCAAGCAGCGGUACAAGAACGAUGCCGACUGGGGUUACAUCGCGACGUGCGCCAACACGCUGCGCGAGUCGGUGAGCGAGUGGAAUGAAUCAUCGCGCUUCGCGGACGAGCCCGAGAUGGUGCCCAUCCCCGUGUACGGAAAUGGCGAUGUGUAUUCGUGGCAGGACUACUACGAGCGCAUCGAGCGGACGCACGUCGAUGGAGAGAUGAUUGCGCGAGGUGCAUUGAUCAAGCCGUGGCUGUUUACCGAGAUCAAGGAACGUCGCGACUGGGACAUUUCGUCGCGCGAGAGGCUCGACAUGAUGCGCAAGUUUGCAGAGUACGGCCUCACGCACUGGGGCAGCGAUACGCACGGCGUCAACACGACACGACGCUUCAUGUGCGAAAUGAUGUCGUUCACGCAUCGAUAUGUGCCAACCGGUCUGUUGGAGUUUCUCCCGAGCAGGCUCAACGAUCGGCCCCCGCUGUUCAGAGGUAGAGAUGAGCUUGAGACGCUGCUCGCGAGCUCCAACGCACAAGACUGGGUCAAGCUCACCGAGAUGUUCCUCGGCAAGCCUCCGCAGGAGUGGAGCUUCACGCCCAAACACAAGAGCAGCAGUUACUCGACCGACGACGCAGCUGAGCAGCAGGGUUAG